CCGUUAUCGACUCCUGGAUUCUAUGAUUUGUUACGACUAUUUCCAAAUCUCGAACGCUUCGAGUAUGCCACCAAUUUCCAUACCUUUGAUAAUCAAUUUGAAGGUGUCACAUUAGAAAUGUACGAAGCCGAACGCGCUGCUGUUGCUAGCUUUAUGGCUAAUCAAAAACAUUUAAGGUAUGAAGGUAAAUGGCAUGAGCCGAUUACAACAGAGCAACGCUUAAUGGCCGGUAUGACAACACGAUCAGAUCAA